AACAGACUGACAGGGAGUUAUGGGUUCAGUAUCAGAUUAAAAAUGCAACCGAGUAUUAUUUUUCUCCUUGGCUGUUUUGCCUUCGCUAAUUCUUUUAGCAUCGACCUGGGAUUUUUAAACCCUUUGCGGAUACCUGGAGAAUCUGCAGUGGAUGCUAGCUUAUGUAAACCUAUAGUGAGAAUAAAUACGGAAAGGGAUUCCUUUCAACCUAAUAGUAUGACUAACAAUCCAGGAGACGUCACUACGAGAAGGUUUUUGGUACCCUUACCGACUCUUGCACCAUCUUCCACCUCAACCACAACUCGAAUAUACGAUAAAAAUUUUCCAAACCCAAUGGUUGAUUGUGACCCCGUUCCCAUAAGUGUUGGACGACAGUUGGGUACGAACCUUUUAGGAAUAUUCCAAACCUUAGGCUAGCAGAUUCUACUAACCAGUUUUAAAGGAUACACAAAUAAAGCUUAUAGAUGGUUUAUAAUUCUUGUUUGAUUAGCUUUCCCCAAGUGUAAUGAAUCGGGCAAUCUGAACGCGAUUUUACUAUAAACUAUUAAAGUUAAACUCAGGAUUGCUAAAUAUCUUAA